GCGCGGCCGGCGAGGAGCGCGCCCGGAGCUCGGCCCAGCCCAGCCCAGCCCAGCCAAACUGAGCCCAGCCCAGGCAAACUGAGCCCAGCCCAGCCCGGUGCGCUCCCGGGGCCGCCGGGGCUCAGCCAGCCCGCCCGGAGCCAGGCACAGGGAACGGGUAAUAACCGAAGAUGCCUCACAGCAGGAAAGUGAGAUCAGAUUGGCAAUGGAGCAGUGAGCGGCAUGAUUGAAGACAAGAUAAAAAGCAGGCUACAGCAAAAGGUGUGAGCUUCAUCUUUUCUCCCUUAAACUAGGUUACAGCUGAGGAGUUCAAGAUGAUUCCAAAUUACUCUACUGAAGAAACUGUUAAAAGAAUCCACGUGGACUGUCCUGUUUCAGGACGACACAGCUACAUCUACAUUAUGGUUCCAACCGUUUACAGCAUCAUCUUUAUCAUAGGCAUAUUUGGGAACAGCCUGGUCGUCAUUGUCAUUUACUGCUACAUGAAAUUAAAAACUGUAGCCAGCAUCUUUCUUCUCAACCUAGCCCUGGCUGACUUGUGUUUUCUGAUAACUCUGCCCCUCUGGGCAGCCUACACGGCCAUGGAGUACCAGUGGCCUUUUGGCAACUGUUUGUGCAAGCUGGCCUCAGCGGGGAUCAGCUUCAACCUGUACGCCAGCGUGUUCCUGCUGACGUGCCUGAGCAUCGACCGCUACCUGGCCAUCGUGCACCCGGUGCAGUCGCGCAUCCGCCGCACGGUGUCCGUGGCCCGCGGCACCUGCGUGGCCAUCUGGCUGCUGGCCGGCGUGGCCAGCCUGCCCGUCAUCAUCCACCGCAACAUAUUCUUUGCCGAGAACCUCAACAUGACGGUCUGCGGCUUCCGCUACGAGAGCAACAACACCACCCUCCGGGUCGGGUUAGGCUUAUCCAAAAAUCUGCUGGGCUUUUUAGUUCCUUUUCUGAUCAUCUUAACGAGCUACACCUUAAUUUGGAAGACUCUGAAGAAGGCAUAUCAAAUUCAAAAAAAUAAGACUAGAAAUGAUGAUAUCUUCAAGAUGAUUGUAGCAAUUGUGUUUUUCUUUUUCUUUUCCUGGAUUCCUCAUCAAGUGUUCACUUUUCUGGAUGUGUUGAUUCAAUUACACGUAAUAACAGAUUGCAAAAUCACCGAUAUUGUGGAUACAGCUAUGCCCUUCACCAUUUGUAUCGCUUACUUUAACAACUGUCUGAAUCCCUUUUUUUAUGUGUUUUUUGGAAAAAACUUUAAAAAAUACUUCCUUCAGCUAAUAAAAUACAUCCCACCGAAUGUCAGCACACAUCCAAGCCUCACAACCAAAAUGAGCUCCCUCUCCUAUCGGCCCCCAGAAAAUAUCCGCUUGCACACCAAAAAGACUGCCGGGCCUUUCAACACUGAUUGAGGCACUGCACAAAGUUCUUCUUCUGAACAACAUUGUGUGUGAAGCACCAAGAACAACGAGAUUCAUCUGCGGUCCUGAACAUCACAGCUCAUUACAGCAACACUGGAUCACCUCAGAGAAAUCAUACUGCAAAGAGUCAGCAGCGGCCUUACAGCUUCCGUUGUAAAGAGGACUGCUUCGUUUUCAUUUCACUUUACUGAAAGCAGCCUAAGUGUUGGACAGGUGUGUCAGAGUUCCUGCCACAUCCCACCGUUUGCUUGGAACUACAAAAGAAGGGCAGGGAAAACUCCUAACUGAAGUUCACAGGUGUUUCAAAAGGAAAAGCUUGUAUAAAUAACACGAAAUACAAAGAACCUGACUUGCAUAUAUGUGAGCUAUUCUGUUGAAGAAGUGGAGCUUUGUUUUUGUUUUGUUGGUUUAUUUUUAAUUACAUGAAUGUCCUAUAAUCAUAUUUAUAAUAUAUUUUCAAAUAUAUGCUAUAUAUAGAGGCCCAAUUUUAAAUUCAAAUGGAAAUUUAA